AUGAAGCCGCACCAGAGGAUAAUUGCUACUGACGAGCUUCAGCAGUUGAAUUUCAUCGAAAAACUCAUCGUCGCCCACUACCGGCAUAACUACUUUGUCGUGCAGGUAAACAUGGGUCAGCGCAAACUCUCGGCUAAUGCUGUCGUGUUUCCACAACCGGUGGAAAGGCUACAUAAUAUUUUGCCUCCUCCUCGCGAGGAUCUGGAUAAGUGCCUUGCAGUAUUAUUCACUGGUCCGUGCAAACCCUCUCCCGCAGACUACAAAUGUAUGCCUUUACUUGUGCGCCACACCAUCAUUUUGAACGCACUGCGUUGGUUGCGGUUGAAUCAUUGUGAUUAUGAAGAUAUUCAAAUAUCACACUCUAAUCUUGCUUCUUACUCCGAAGAGGAGCCAUCGGUCUACGUUGUGCACCAUCCCAGUUCGGGUUCUACCCCUGCUGCGUCCGUCGCUUCAAAUGACAACGAGUUGGAAUGA